AUGGAGAUCUGUGUUGAUGCCGCAGAGGGGUUUGCUGCCCCGAAGGAGACAUUCGUGUCAAUGCGCAUCGGAGAUUUCCAGAAGCAGUCCCGUUUCGGUGCUGCCAAGACGUACAAGUUUCCCAAGCUGGAAGACCCCAACGGUCUCGCCCGCAUAGAGGUGUUCCAGCGUGUUGGACAUCUGACGGUCAGCCUCGGGAAGCUGCACCAGAGUGCUCAAGAUGUGGAGGUUCCCGUCGACAUGCCGGGAAUGUCCCAUCUACCCAUGAGGUUAGGGCUUCAUGGUGGCAGCCCAGUGGAGCCGGAGCCGAAAGCCAAGAGCUCCAAGGUGAAGACCAAGCUGGAUGCGGCACAGAAGUACCUGGCGGAGCAUCAGUUGGAGGAGGUGAUAGCUGAUGCGAUGCGCGAGGUCAUCCAUGAGAAGCCUACGGAGCCACUUGCCUUUCUGUCAACCCAGAUCCUCAAGCAUGCGUCGAAGAAGCAGCCGGAGCUCCUUCCGCCGAUCAAUGCUCCAAAGCCUACGCCGCCAGCUCCGGUUGGGAACCGCAAAGCGAAUCCUUCCGAGAAGCUGCCGCCCAUUGGCGGAUCCGGAAAGCCCGAGGAAGCGGCCGAACUGAACCGACUUCGACUGGAGGCGCGUGAUGCCCUGCUCCAGUCAGCCCAGAAUGGAAGCUUGGCAGCUGUUCUUUCGGCGGAUGUCGCUGGGCAAGAAGAUCUUGAGAGCCUCCGAAAAGAGGCAGCAAGCGCGCUGAUCAAUGCGGCACGGGAUGGAAGCCUGGAUGUGGCGUUGCGGGACACCAGGGCUGGCCAGGGCACAGAAGAUGUUGGGAGCCUUCGAAAGGAGGCAGCAAACGCGCUGAUCAAUGCGGCACGCGACGGAAGCCUGGAUGUGGCGUUGCGGCAAACCAGGGCUGGCCAGGACAACGCGGAACUUGAGGAGCUUCGACAGCAGGCACGCGCCACCCUUCUGCAGGGAGCAAAGGAUGGCUCCUUGAAGGCCGCCUUGCAGAGCAACAAAGAGGAGGACAAAGUCGAGGACCUUCGAGUCCAGGCUCGCGACGCGCUGCUUCGCGCCUCCAUCAAUGGCACGCUCGAGAAGGCUCUGAAAGAAGGGAAGCCAGACAAGAAAGCGCAGGGCGGCGACAUGCUCGAGGAGCUUCGAGUUCAGGCUCGCGAUGCUUUGGUGAAGAGCUCCCUCGAUGGUACUCUGGAGGAGGCAUUGAACGCAGGCAAGACACAGAAGGCCCCACCCUACAAGUACACGCCAUCGGUCGGCUCAUGGCUGCAGAAGAAGCCCUUCCAGGUUGAGAGGCCAUGGUACUACACAGUCCAUGGGGAGACAGAGGAUGACAAGGUCAUCAAAGACCUUCAGUGCGUGAUUGCGGAGAAGGAGCGUGAGAUCGAGGCCUUGAAGGCCAGUUUGAAGUCCGGCGGCCUCGAUCUGAAGGCUGCCGCACCCCAGGCGGCGCCUGCCCCCGCUCCCGCGAAAGAUGUGCCGACAUCCCUGACGCCAUUCAGGCCGUACUACGCCGCACAUCUGCGGACUGUCAAGCCCGAGGCGAUGCAGAAGCUGUACGCCAAGUUCCCGGCCCAGCCUAAGCCCGUGCCGGCACCGAAAGCUGCACCUGAAGCAGCUCCUGCUCCGGCGAAAGCAGAGCCCGCACCAGAGGCGCCUCCCGUCAAGUUUUCGAAGAUGCCGUCUGUGGGAACGUGGCUCGCGUUCAACCCCAACAAGAACGCUCAGACGAAGCCCGCAUCGGUGGCCCCUCAGCAGUCGGAUGCUGGCAAUCCGCCGAAGACGGAGGUGUCUCCAGCGGCGAACGCCCCGGCAAAGGAGCCUCGGAAGUUCAGGCAGCUUCCCUCCGUGGGGACUUGGCUCGCAUUCAAGCCGUUCGAAGAGUCGCCAAAGCCUCUUCGCAUGCUGGAGAGAAGCCACAGCAAGCUGUUGUGCAUGAACAAGGAGGAGCUCAUCACGGGUUAUGAGAAAGAGAUCCGACAGCUGAACGAGGUUGUCGCCUUCAAGUUGCCUCAGUUGCUCUGGGCUCAGUAUGCACAUUCCUGGUGCGAGGUCUCAGAAAUUAUUUUCGUGUUCCGCUGGCUUUGUGGCUCGACCCGGGAAGGAGGCAAGCUGUUGCGGGAAGGGCGUGCGUUGGAUGGGUCUGCGUCGAAGGAAUCUGCUGCUGUGGCGCGGAUUGCUGCAGGGCUGCCGACUCCCAGGUCGACAUUGGGAUCGCCAUUGAUAUCGCAUGCCACAUACAAGAGGUCAGGUGUUGGCGAUCUGGCUGCUGGUCCGCGAAGACACAUUUCCUUGUCCGAGGUAGAACUCGUUUCAUGGCUAUGUUGCAUGGCACCCGUGUUCUUUCUUUUUUCCACAUACCUGUCAGUCCUGUUUUCCAGCCUGUUCUGGACAUACGUUGCAGAGCUGAUAUGCGCAUACUUGACCCUACUCGCGUCGCUCUGGAUUGGCAACAUGUCUCUCGCCUGUCUGCUUGGAAUCUACCGACUGCGAGAGGCGGGGUCCAUCGACUGGCAUGAGCGCUUGCGUCAGAUCCCAGAGGAGGAAAGAAGCGGGGUGAAGCACAUCAUUCUGCUGCCAAACUAUUUGGAAAACGAGAAGAUGCUGAAGGAGACCCUCGACAACCUUGCCCGCUCAAAGCUAGCGAAGAACUGUGUGCAUGUUGUGCUGGGUAUGGAGGGCCGAGAAGGUCAGCCAGCCCGUGUGAAGGCAGAGAGAAUCAUCGCGGAGAAGAAGCACCUUUUCGCAGACAUUUUUGCAACCUACCACCCGCAGGGACUUCCCGGCGAAGUUGCGGGCAAGUCCUCCAACACCCAGUGGGCUUUCCGUGAGGCACUGCGAAGAUAUGGAGCCUCACUGUCCAAGCGAGAUCUGUCGAAGGUCUUUCUCACUGUGGCUGAUGCUGACACACUGCUCCAUCCGCAUUAUCUCAGUGCGAUGACGUACCAGGGCCUGAUGAUGGACAGGGAGGAACGAUCCUGGACCAUUUGGCAGCCGCCUGUCAUGCUUCUACGCAACUUGUUCAACGUGCCUGCCGUGACUCGGGCAACCGCCCAUGGGACGCUGAUUUUCGAGCUCUCCGCUUUGUCAUGGCAGCGCAUCUUUCCAGCCUUUGCCUAUUCCUCGUACUCGAUGACACUUCAGUUGGCUUCCCAUCCUGAAGUGGAUGGCUGGGAUGUGGAUGUCAUUGCCGAGGACCACCACAUGUUCUGCAAAUGCUUCUUUGCAGCGCUCUGGGAGCUGUCACAUGCCAAGAAGGAGCAUGCGAAAGUGUCGAACGGCAACGAGGGCAACGCGGUACACAUCGUCCCUCAAGUCAAGGUUCAGCCCGUGUUUCUGCCGGCAGUGUCGUACCUGGCCGAAUCUUCGGAUGGCUACGUGGCUUCCUUGAAAGCGCGCUUUCAGCAGGGCAGAAGGCACAUGCAAGGGCUGGUUGAGAUCGGCUACGUCUGCCUGCAGUGGGCAAGGCUCUCCUCCAGCAUUGGCGUCAAGAACAUCCCAUGGCGAACGCACUUUUCCAUUGGCUUGAUCCUCGUAAAGAUGCACACUUUGCAAAUCACAUGCACGGCGCAAUGCUUUGCGCUCGUCAUGAUGGCACUCACCAAGCUCGUCCCGAGGGCUGGGAGUCUCUUGGCCUACAUUCUGCAAGUCGGGUCCGAGCAACUGCGCCAGGACGUUGGCGCAAUGAUGGCCUCCAUGAACGGCGCGGAGAAGGCUCUGGCGGCCGGGAUCAGCCAAAUCUCCGGUGUUAUGGUGCUGUACACCAUUGCCGGCGCAGUUGUGAUCUCUGACAUGGUGGAGGGGCGGUAUUACCAGAACGUCCCACCACGUCCAGCUGAGACGGAGAAUGAGGAUGCGCAGCAGCCUGCGCAAAGCCCCGAGUCUCGCUUGGAGAUGCCCGGACUCAGAGAAGGCCCACGUUCCUGGCUCUGCCGACUUGCGCUGUUCGGAUUUAUUUUCGCAGACAACACGAUAUCAGGUUAUCCGGCUAUAAUUCUGUUUGGCGUCAUUCCGGUGCUGAUGGCAGGAUGGUCGCUGCUGCGCCGCGGGACUGACUUCGAGUACAUUGUUGCUAUGAAGCCAGAGUGA